AUGGCGCCCGCGAAGCAGAAAGCCCAGAAGAUGUCUAUCAGCACCUUCUUGGCCGACGAGAGCCUUGGCUCCUGGGCCGAUGAGAUGGAGGAUAUGCCUUUGCCUGCUCCUCCUUCCCAGCCUAGCUACGGAGGUGACCGCCGCGGCGCUGGUCCUUCUUCCGCUGGAUUCGGCAGUAGCUUUGGUGACCGCGAGCGUGGUGGAUAUGCGAUUAGAGAGCCUCUCCCACUUCCUACUCAACCCCCUUACACCGCUCACGUUGGAAACCUUUCUUUUGAUGCGACCUCGGCCGAUAUCAACGACCUGUUUGCUGGAUGUGGUGUGACGAACGUUCGUAUCGUUGAAGAUAAGUUGACAAGAAGCCCCAAGGGCUUUGGCUAUGUUGAAUUUGAGACUGUCGACGGCUUGAAGAAGGCCCUUGACCUCUCAGGGACCACCCUUCAGGGAAGAGCGAUUCGCGUCAGCAUCGCUGAGCCCC